UUCAUUUUGAUUUGAUCUCACUUGGAUCAUAUUUGUUUUUUGGGCUGAAUUCAAUGGAAAAUCCUCUGCAACUCAAGUCGUUGAACCACAUCUCGCUGGUGUGUCGGUCGCUGGAGAAGUCGAUCAGUUUUUACCAGAACGUCCUCGGGUUCGUCCCCAUCCGGCGACCCGGUUCCUUCGAUUUCGAGGGCGCAUGGCUGCUCAACUAUGGAGUCGGGAUCCACUUGCUUCAAACGGAAGACCCUCAUCAAAUGCCGGCCGCCGGCGGAAUCAAUCCCAAGGACAACCACAUUUCUUUUCAGAGUGAGAGCAUGGCGACGGUGGAGAAGAAGCUAGAGGAGAUGGAGAUAGAGUACGUGAAGAGCAGUGUAGAGGAAGGCGGGAUCUAUGUCGAUCAGAUCUUCUUCCACGAUCCCGACGGUUCGAUGAUCGAGAUCUGCAACUGCAACAACCUCCCCGUUGUCGCCCUGGACGACGGCGCUCCAGUUCUCCAAUGUUCCCGCAUCAAUUGCAAUCUCGGGCACCAACUUCAGCAGCCACAGUGUCCGACUACCGUGACACUAUGAAAUUAUGUCUCCUUUGAUGAUAAUCGAAACACAAGAAGAAAAAAAAAA